AUGCAUCCCGACAACCAACUGGAGACUGCCAUCAAGAAUGGGUUCGACCCAAAAUCUCUCAUGGCCUUGGAAUUGACCAAGGUAAAUGAGCCUGUUCGGACAAUUCUUGAGGAGUAUAGCAGAGUUCCGGCUGGUCAAGUUUUACAGCAUGUUACGGAACUGAGAGAUCGCGCAUUCAAAGUUUUCCCCUAUGCUUGCAUUGGACAGGCGUCAUUCCUUGAAUUGAGCAUUGCCUCCUCUCCAAUGUACCCCGAAAUGCUGGAGCGAGUCAAGAAGGGUGAGAAGCUCCUUGAUCUCGGUUGUGCUUUUGGUCAGGAGCUGCGACAACUGAUAUACGACGGUGCGUCCCCUGAGAACCUAUACGCCUCUGACCUGCGCCCCGAGUUCCUCGACCUAGGUCACGACCUCUUUCUUGAUCGCCAAACUAGCAAGAUUAACCUCAUACCCGCCAAUGUCCUCGACGACAAUUCGGAUCUAGUCACCAAGCUGACCGGCCAACUCGGCGUCGUCUACAUCUCGCUAUUUCUCCAUGUCUUCGACUUCGAUACUCAAAUUACAGUCGCCAAGCGCGUGUUUAGCCUUCUAGCCGAUAAGCCUGGCUCCCUGCUUGUCUGUCGUGUGGUUGCAUGCCGGGAUCAGGAGAUUCUGAACAACGCCAGCGCCCGUCUGCCGUACUAUUAUCAUGAUUUGGCUAGCUGGAAUAGACUUUGGGAGCGGGUUCAGAAAGAGUCGGGGCUUCAGUUGCAUGUGGAGAGCUGGGAGCAGGAGGAUGCUCUGGCUAAAAGCCACCCUCUUCCUGGCGUUUAUAUGCUUGGAUCUUCUAUUCGCCGGGAGUAG